AUGAAUUAAAUUUUUACUGAGAGAAGUGUCUAAGGCAAUAAAGUAUCAUUAGUACCUGAUGAUUCUGAGAUUAAAGUAGUGAAAAUUGAAACAUCUAUGAGAUAAAGAAAAGAAAGUAGAAGUUUCGCUAAAACUCAGAAACCAGAAUCAAAUAUUUUAAAUGAUGGGGAUAAAAAAAAAUCAUCUUUUGAAGAUAGUAGAAUAACUAUGUUGUUAUUUGAGAAAUAUAAAACAGUUGAAUUAGCUAGAUUUUUUACAAUAACUGCUACUAUAAUAUUGAUUGUUUUGGAAUAUGAAUAUUCAUAUAGUACAUAGUUAACAAGAACCUUAGAUGAAGAAAUGAAAUUAUUUCUUUAUUUAAUAAUGUUCUUAACAAUACUAAGCAGUAAUUUAUAUAUUUAUGAAUGCAUAAGUUGUAUUGACUUUUGUUAGUUAUCAGGUUUUGAUGGCAUAUCAAAAAGAAGCAUAAAUGGUCACUCCUCAAGCAAAUAUAUCUGAAACACCAUUGAUAUGGGGUAUUGCAUGGGAAAUAAUAAUUUUAAUUUUAAAUCCAACGCCAUAUACUCGAUAUCAAACAAUAGAAUUUCAAUAAAGAUACACAGAAACAAUAAGAUUUUAUUUUUUAAAUGAAAUUCUAACAUUUCUUGGAAUGUUUAAAGGAUUCUUAUUAUUGAAUAUAAUAUUCAAAUUCUAGAAAUAUUCAUCUUCAAGAAUAGGUCGAAUUUGUAGAUUAUAUUCAGCUGAUUUCAAUACUCAUCUAAUGUUAAAAUUAUGUAUAAGAGAUAAACCAUUUGAAACAUUAUCAAUUUUAUUUGCAGGUGGAAUGUUUGUAUUUGGAUAUUCUUUGGAAGUUUCAGAAAGAGCUCUUUUUAGACUAGAAGAUUCUUUAGAUCCUUCUUAUAUAAGUAAUAGAUUUUGGAUAAAUCUUAUUACAAUAUUUACUGUUGGAUAUGGUGAUUUUUUUCCUUAUACUGAUUUAGGAAGAGUGGCUAUGGCUUGUAGUGUAGUUUAUGGUGUUGUAGUUACAUCUCUUUUUACUGCCACUCUAUAUAAUUUACUAACUCCAUUUAAUGGUGAAUUUUUAGCAUGGGCAUUAUUAGAUAAGGCAAAAGUAAGAAAAACAAUCUUCAACGUUAGUGGAAAUAUUUUAUUAAAAUUAAAUGAUUUAACUAAAAAACAUGCUGGAUAAUUUAAAACCAUUGAAGAAGCAAAUGUUGUUAAAGAUUAAAUAGCAACAUUGAAUAAUCUUUUAUAAGAGAUUAGUACUCUAAAAAGAUAAUAUCGUGAUAUUGAUGGUGAAGAAUUCAUGGCUAUGGUUAAAAGAAAGUUUAAAGAUAUUAAUGGAUAAUUUGAAGAUGUAUAAGAAUUCUUAGAAAAAAUAUAAAAAUAAUAGAAACUUAUAAGUACUACUAUAGAAAAGCCUUUUGAUUUUUCAAUUAAAUAAUCAAUUAAAGUCAAAGAAACUAGUAAAGAUGAUGAAUUCUUUGAUAAUUUAAAUGAAACUGUUAAUUGUUCUCACUUAAUGCGUUUCGAGGAAGACUGA